GAGGCGGGACGAGAGGCGUGGCUUACGCGCUCGCCAUAGUGAACGAGGGUGAUCGGUGAAGGUGGGGGUGACGAGAACGGCGUUGGUUCCAGUGGAGGAGGAGGCCGCAAGUACCGGAGGAGCAGCGCUGAGCGUGGGGACGAGGGCUGCCGCACACCGCUUCAUUGUCCGCACGCCUAGGCCCGGGCUUUAGGUGAGGAGAGCGGAGAUACCGCCAUGAUGAACGGCUCCAAUGUCGGGAACCCCUCGUCCAACAACACCUCCAAGGACGAGCAGGUGGUGAACGGACACGACGAGAACAAUCCAUUUGCAGAAUACAUGUGGAUGGAAAACGAAGAGGAUUUCAACAGACAGGUGGAGGAAGAAUUACAAGAGCAGGAGUUUCUGGACCGCUGCUUCCAGGAGAUGUUGGAUGAAGAGGAUAAGGACUGGUUCAUCCCUUCACGUGAUUUGCCACAGGGGGUCGGGCAGUUGCAGCAGCAGUUAAAUGGCCUCACAGUCAACGAUGUUCACUGUUCAGAGGACAUCUUGAGCAAAAGUAACCUGAACCCCGAUGCGAAGGAGUUUGUUCCUGGAGUGAAGUAUUGAACAUUUGCUUUCAACUUUUUAAAAUCAAAAACAAAACACAAAAAAAGACAUAAAAGACUGUUUUCCUUAAUCUUCAGGACAAAGCUGCACAAAACCGUGGGAGGGGGGGAGGGGUGUAUCCGGGGAGGCGGUGACUGGUGAUGCCAGAGCUCCACACUGUGACUCCAGUAAGGUCUACGUGGGAAUGUUCUUCAGGCGUCUCCAUUCUGCCCCCCUCCUUCUGCAUCUGUUUCGGUGGUCUACCUGUUGGACUUCAGUUUUAGUUUAUUUUUUUUAUUUUUAUUUUUUAUUUUUUCCGUCAUCAAAGUAUCUUACAACACAAGGUAGAGUCCAAGAGUGUGUCCCACCGCCAUCAUAGGAGAUCUCCUGCGUCUGUAUCUGAUUGGGGGGACAUUUCUGUGCCAUGUCGAGGUCACGUCAGCUUGAGGUGCAAGAGUUCUUUUUUUUUUUGUCAAUCUGCUUUUCAGCUUUACUCAGGAUAACGGGUGUUCCUGACUCGGCGUGUUCUUGAUUUCAGUGUUCAUCGACCCUGGGCCACGCGGAGAGGGUUUCUCGCUUCACCUGCUUGCGCUGUGGACAUUGUACGUCAUCCUCCCCGCCACCGUUUGCCUAUUCAUUGCAAUUAUGCUGCGUCUGAGCUGCCAUCCAUGAUUUAUCAAAAAAACACUAAGCUAAAUGUUUUGGCUGGUUCUGAAUGAUGUUACAGGGGCCCCCCAACCUCAGCAUGGCUGUGCCAUGUUGGACCAUCAGUCGGAGACCUCCCUGUUGGCGGCAUACAAGAACUCUGGCUCGUGUUCCCUGCUUUUUACCCCCCCCCCCCCCCCCCCCCCAUAGAUUGAGCUUUCCGUGAUCCAGGUUAAACAUUGCUAGCGGGGGCGUGGCCCCUCCGUAGCCUCUAUCUGCCAUGAUUGUAAUGCACAGAGCCUGUUCAGAGACCAUUCAAUAAGCUAUCUUUUUACGCUGCCUCUGGGGUCAUAUCGUUUUUAUGAUGUGAUAUGGAAAGCUGCAGACAGGAAAAAAAAACACACAAAAAUAAAACCGCCUGAUCAUUG